GCUCUGAGACACGGCAUGGAAAGGAAAUGUCAGUCAGAGCCAUAGUGAUAGAAGACUUGUUAGUUAGGAGCACAGACAGGAGAUUUUACUUCGGAGUCACGUGAGUGACUAAGUGAAGAGACCCCGUCCAGGCGCAUGCUCGUCAUAUCGUCACACGCAUAGCGACUGCGACCGCGUUGGAAGGAACAGAACCCUCUCCAAGCGAUGCAGCUACUGACCAUAAUUUUGCUGCUGCCAAGCUUGGCUUCUGCUGCUCUGAGAUGUCCAGAUGGAACUGUAUGCCAAGAUGAAUCAACAUGUUGUAAACUUCGAGCUGGUCGUUAUGGCUGCUGCCCCAUGGAAGAGGUUGGUUUCAGCAUCAUAACUGAAAGCAAGACACCUGUCAUGAAGUCUGAAGCUCUGAGCAGUAGUGGCAGCAAUAACAGUUCAACCAUUCAAUGUGAUCAUAAAACUUACUGCCCCAUUAAUGAUAUAUGCUGUUGGGAAAUUUCUGGACAUUGGACGUGCUGCCCAGCGCAGACUGUCUGCUGCUACGGCGGUACACUGUGUUGCCCUGCAAAUAAAAUGGGUCGUAUCACUCCGUCAUCUCCGUCACUCACAUAUCCCAGCGAGCCCAUUGAAGGCAAAUUGCUGCAAGGGACAGAAAUUCAGAGCAACAUCAUCAGCAAUGAUGCAACAAUAAUUCACUGUGAUAAUAUGCAUUUUUGUCCAUCUGGGCAAACAUGCUGCAGAUUACCGGGUGGAAAGUGGGGAUGUUGUCCACAUCCUGAGGCUAAGUGUUGUAAGGAUGGUGUACACUGCUGCCCCCGUGGUACCCGGUGUGACACUACAAGUUCUAAGUGUAUCAUGGACAGCAUCGGCAUCCCCUGGCUCACCAAGAAACCUGCAAUGACAGUAUCGGAAGCUCAGCUGAACUGUAGCAGCAAUGAUUGCCCAGUGGUCAAAUGUGACGAUACUCACGUUUGCAAAGCUGGAAGUACAUGCUGCAAAAUGUAUAACAAGCAAUGGGGGUGCUGCCCAAUCCGUAAUGCUCACUGCUGUUGGGAUGGAAAACAUUGCUGUCCCAGUUUCCACUGGUGUGAUAAUAAAAAUAAUAUUUGCAGAAAGUGGUUUCAUGCAGAUAACUGGAGCGAGAUGUCAUCUGGCAAAUACGGCAAAGAAUCCGAAAAUUUUUAAAGCCAACAUGACCAUUUCAUGCUCUCCAUUAAAGUUCUUUACGCUUUAUAGCAUUGCAGCUAUAAAAUAUAUUGGCUGUUAGAAUCCGCAGAUUUAACUAUCUUGCUUAUUGUUGCUUUCCUUCGUUCAUUUCCAUCAAUCAAGUUUAAAACAAAACAUUUGAUUAAAUUUGCCAGUAAUGCUCCACUAGAAAAUUUUGUCUUAAGGAAUGUAAUCAGUUGGCAAUUAUGCUAUAUGAUAAUUUUAAUUGCUAUUAAACAAGCAGUGAAAAUGA